CACGUCACACGGACUCGUUUAGUAAAUGAUUUGCAAAUUAAGGCUGUGCUGUCUGGUUGUACAGUGUGCACCGAUGUGAUCAUCUAUUCUUGCUUUGUUUGCACCUCAGAGCUAAUCAGCUGGCACCAGUGUGAACUCUUCAGCUCAGAAAAACGUGGGCGCUCUUAGGUUUCGGUUUCCGUGCAGAGAGAACGGGCUGAGUCACCGCUGCUGGUCCAGACAGAUGAAGAGGUGAAAACAUGGCUCCGACACUGUUUGACUGUGAGCCAAAGCCCGGAGACCUGAUCGAGAUCUUCCGGGGGAUGUAUCAGCACUGGGCUAUCUACAUCGGAGGAAAUGAAGUGGUUCAUUUGAUUCCUCCAAAUGAAGGCUCAGGGCCGUUGGACCUCUUAAUGUUCCUGGACAGCAAUACAGCAGAAGUGAGGCGCCAGAAGCUCUGGGACGUGGUCGGCACCAACAGCUACCACAUCAAUAAUCUCCUGGACGACGAGUGCGAGCCUCGUGAUCAUCACGUCAUUGUGAGGGAGGCCUGUAGGAUGGUGGGUCAAGAGCUGCCGUACUCUGUUGCCAGUCGCAACUGCGAGCACUUUGUUACCGAGCUACGAUACGGCAAGCCAGAGUCUCGGCAGGUACGAACAGCUCAGGCGGCAGCUGUGGUCGGAGGCGUCGCUGUAGCAGGAGUGGCCUUUGCGGUUCUGGGAGCUGCUCUGUUUUCCAGCUUGACCAAAGAUGACAAAAAGAACAGAAAUUUCUAAAUGGAAAGCAAAGAGAUACAGAGAGGAACGGAAACAUCUUUCUUUCUUUUUCUUUUUUUCCCAUCGUUUGAGUCAAUUCACCUGCCAGUGAUUAUGAUUUAAACCAUCUGAAUAAAAUAUUGCAACAUGCAAACUAAAAAAAAACAAAGAAAAAAGUUGUUGGUGUGGUGCUGUCAACACACACAGAACAGACAACCUUGAGUAAGAUGAGACGAGGUGGAGAGAGGAGUUAUGGGUAAAUUCUUUCAUUUUGUCAUGUUGGAGCUUUGAGUCCUUCAGGGUCAUGUUCGUGUCUGAAACGACAUUUCUGAAACAUGAGAAGUCACCCAUUUGCAGAAUAAUACAAUUCAUUAGAGCUUAUGAAUAAGUGAUUAUCCUCAUUUAAAGAGUUGAACUUAGUGCCGCUGCCAUUUCCUUUGUUUUGGUUUUAUUUGGUCAAUACUUUAUUGUAUAUCUAUUGUAUUUAUGUAAAUGUAAAUGAAAAGCAUUCUGUGAAGUAA